AAGAAAAAGAAAAAGGAAAAAGCGAGGACCUAUUUAAAGAGAGCUUAUUAGGGUUUUUGGGGACAGCCGUUUCUCUCUCGCUGGUUUUUCAUCCUCUGGAGCUGCUACAAGCUUCUCAACUACUUCACAACCAUGGCUGUCGGCAAAAACAAGAGGAUUUCCAAGGGAAAGAAGGGUGGCAAGAAGAAGACUGUCGACCCAUUUGCAAAGAAGGAUUGGUAUGAUAUCAAGGCACCCUCUGUGUUCACUGUCAAGAACGUUGGAAAGACUCUUGUUACCCGUACUCAGGGUACCAAGAUUGCUUCUGAAGGGCUAAAACAUAGAGUGUUUGAGGUAUCACUGGCCGAUCUUCAGGAAGAUGAAGAGCACGCCUACAGAAAGAUUAGAUUGAGAGCUGAAGAUGUUCAAGGAAGAAAUGUUCUGACUAAUUUCUGGGGAAUGAAUUUCACUACAGACAAAUUAAGGUCAUUGGUAAGGAAGUGGCAUACGUUGAUUGAAGCCCAUGUGGAUGUUAAGACCACAGACAAUUACACUCUGAGGAUGUUUUGCAUUGGGUUUACAAAGAGACGUCCAAAUCAAGUCAAAAGGACCUGCUAUGCGCAAUCCAGUCAGAUCAGACAGAUUCGUCGGAAGAUGAGGGAGAUAAUGGUCAACCAAGCAACAUCAUGCGAUCUGAAAGAGUUGGUCCGGAAGUUCAUUCCUGAAUCAAUUGGAAAGGAUAUCGAGAAGGCUACAUCUAGCAUAUACCCUCUACAGAAUGUUUUCAUCCGGAAGGUCAAGAUCUUGAAAGCUCCCAAGUUUGAUCUCGGAAAGUUAAUGGAGGUUCAUGGUGAUUAUUCGGAAGAUGUUGGCGUCAAGGUAGACAGGCCUGCCGAAGAAGCCGUUGAAGGUGCUACCGAAAUUGUCGGUGCUUGAAAAUGGAAUCAGGAAACAACUUUCUUAUAUUUACGAAUGAACUCUGGCUUUUAAUUUUUUAAAAUUUUCUUUUUAGUUAUAGCUUGUUAUGUUUCUGCCAAGUUGAGAAAUCAGAGAUAUUCAGCGAUUUUGACUAUGAAAAUACUUGCCGCUUUUUAGUUA